AUGACGAGCCAAAUAAAAGAUAGUGCAUUCUAUAAUUUCUUUAUUGACAACCCUGAAAUUCACUCUUUAUAAAUAAAUGGCCAGAUGAAGAACUCAGAUACUAAAUUCAGAUAUAGAAAAUACUGUAAAAGUUAAACAGUAGAUGUUCGCUUUCCUUGGGAUGCAGUAAAGGUUCAUUUCAGAGUUAGAGAUCAAAAUGACUUGAAAUUAGGAUUAGAUUUAGGUAAAUGGAAGCUUGGUAAAUUCGAAGCCUCUUACUUUGCCAAAGUCUUCUCGGUUGAUAAAAAACUAUAAUAUUAAUUUGGAUUGUAAAAAGAAGUCAAUACCAAAUUUUGGCACUCUGUUUGGAUAUCUUUCAACUAAGGAUUAUUUGUUAAUUACAACUUUAAUAUUACAUAACCAUAAUGGUAUCUAAGAGAAGGAAUCAAGUGGGACUUUAACAAUAGUCAAUUGUAUUUUGAUGGACUAUUUAAUUACACUCAAAAUUUAAAUGAAUACUUCCUCAAGGGUUCUAAUAGCCUAAAUGGCAAACUCGCUUGCUAAAAUUAAGAAAUUUAAUUUGGCUACUUGAGAAGAAGAGGAAAUGAUAAAGCCUGUGGAUUCUUGGUUGAUAAAUAAUUGAAUAUUGACUUGGUUUGUCAUGCCAAAGUGAAGAAAUGUGAUUGGAGAUUUUACAUCAAUAAAUAAUUGCAAGUCAGAUAAUAUGUCAAAUACAAUUAUAACGAUUCUUUGACCAUCCAUUCAGGAAUAACAGUACCACUUAAGACAAUAGGAUAGGUCUGCCCAAUGACAUACUUAACAGCUUUGUAAGUUGAGUUGAACAUUUGACAUUAUAAAAUAGAAAAAUAAAACCAAAAUAAAUAUAUAAAGAAAAAA